CUAUGUCUCCCACUGACAACAACAAUGGGACACUGUUCCUUCCACUGACACAGACGAUGGGGUACUAUUCCUCCCACUGACACCAGCGAUGGGGCACUAUUCCUUCCACUGACACCAGUGAUGAAUGGGACACUAUUCCUUCCACUGACACCAAUGAUGGGGCAUUAUUCCUCCCACUGGCACCAACGAUGUGGCAUUAUUCCUCCCACUGACACCAAUGAUGGGGCACUAUUCCUCCCACUGACACCAAUGAUGGGGCACUAUUCCUCCACUGACACCAAUGAUGGGGCACUAUGCCUCCCACUGACACCAGUGAUGAGACACUAUUCCUUCCACUGACACCAAUAAUGGGGCACUAUUCCUCCAACUGACACCAGUGAUGAGGCACUAUUCCUUCCACUGACACCAAUGAUGGGGAACUAUUCCUCCCACUGAAACCAAUUUUUUUUACUCCCACUGACCACCAAGCCUAUGGCACUUUCUACUCCCACUGUCAACCUAGGAUGGUUUGCUUACUAUCCAAACCAAACUUCAUAUCAGCCAUG